AUGCGUCUCUCAUUCGUAUUUUUCCUGACCGUUCUCGGUUGUCUGCUGUUCAUCCAGGAGGGAAGUGCCAGUGGUGACACAGCCGAUCCCACUGAUGAGACGACCACCACCGCAACCACCUCUGCCACCGACUCCUCUGAUGCAAACUCCGAUAUCACUGAAUCCAGUACCACUGAAGCCAUUCCCGCUGAAUCCGCUGACACCACCACCACCACCCCCUCCUCCUCCAUAACCGUGACCGUAUCUUCUUCAAGUAGUGACGCAUCCGCUGCGGCCCGGAGGCGCAGGCGUGCCCGUGCCCGUGCCCGUCGACUUGCCCGUCGCCGGCAGGAAAGGAGACGGGCCCAGCAGCGCAGGAGAGAAAGGUUGGAACAGGUCCUUCAGAGGCAGCGCGAACGUAUCAACAAACUGAGAGGGUAG